AUGUCCAGUGGAAGUUCACUUCAAGAAUCUACAUCUGACAAUCGACGUUUACUUCAUUUUACAAUGAAAAUAACUGAUCGUUUAGCAGUGAGACACUUUUUUUGUGAUAUCUUAGGUAUGAAAAUUUUACGCCAUGAAGAAAUGGACUUUGCCUGUGCAGCACAAUGCAAUGGUGAUUUUGUAUCGCCGUGGUCAAAAACGAUGGUCGGUUAUGGAAAUGAAAAUUCUGUUUUUGUCUUUGAAUUAAACUAUAAUUAUGAUGUUGAAGGUUACGAAUACGGAAAUGAUUUUUCCUCAGUGACAAUACGUAAUCGACAAGCUGUGGGGAAUGCACGUCAACUGCUCGAUAAAAAAUUUAUUGAAACAGAUAAUUCACAAUCAAUAAUCGUACGUUCACCGGAUGGUCAUCGAUUCAUAUUAAUUAAUGACGAUGUUUCUCCUGGUGGUAAUCCUGUGCAAUGUUUAUCAUUAAACGUAUCUAAUUUAAAGAAAUCUGUUGAUUAUUAUACACGUUUAUUAGAAAUGAAAAUAAAUGAGAAGGAAUCCGAUGAUAACCACGUGAAACUUUAUUAUGGUUUAACAACAACAAAUCAAGAUUCGCAUGUUAAAACAAAAGCUGGUUUUCUUCUCGAUAAUCAGUGUCAACUGGAAUUGAUUCAAGUUAAAACUCCUAUUAAUCGUGGAACUGGUUAUGGUCGAAAAGCAUUUUCUUGUCCAAUAAGUGAUGUUGAAUCAAUAGAAAAACUAAUAGAAAACAACGAACAUACGAUCUUAGUACCGUCUAUGGAAUUAGGUGAUUUGCCUGAUUCGAAAGUUAAAGUUGUUAUUCUAUCGGAUCCCGAUGAACAUGAGAUCUGCUUUGUUGGCGAAGAAAAUUAUUUUAAAGCAUGCGAAACAGAUCCUGAUGCUGAAAAUAAAUUUUAUAAAGGUCUUGAAAAUAAACCUGAUGAUCCAAAUAAAUAUGUAAUCGGAGAAGAUGAAUCAACGAAGCAACACGACAAGCAAUAG